AUGGAGGCCCUCCCCGUGGAAGUCAUCGGCAACAUCCUCUCCCGCCUGGGCGCCGCCAGAGACGUGGUGAUCGCCGCCGCGACUUGCCGGAAAUGGAGAGAAGCCUGCCGGAACCACCUCCACACGCUCCGCUUCAGCUCCGACGACUGGCCCAUGUACAGAGAUCUCACUUCGAGCCGGCUCGAGAUCCUCAUCACCCAGGCCAUCUUCCAGACCACGGGCCUGCAAUGCCUCUCCAUCUCCAUGGACGAAGUCGUGACCUUCUCUCCGGCCCCCGUCAUCGCCUGGCUCCUCUACACCAGGGAGACCCUGCGGAGCCUCUCCUACACAGUCCGCACCUCCCCGAGCUUCAGCAUUCUGGAGAGAUGCGGCCGGCAGAAGCUGGAAGCGCUGUUCCUCGCCCACAACGCCGUAAUGGCGGUGGAGCCCAGCUACCAGAGGUUCCCCUCCCUCAAGUCUAUCUCCUUCAGUAGCGUCAGCAUAUCGGCGCUGGACCUGAGCCUCCUCCUCAGCGCCUGCCCCAAGCUCGAGUCUUUGGCCCUCAUCAGCCCGGAGAUCGCCCCGGACUCGCUGGCCGCCAUGGAGCUCAGCUCCCCCACCCUGAAGAGCAUCUACGUGGAGGCCGUGAGCUUGGACAGGUUCCUCCUGGAAGCGGACUGCCUGGAACUCCUGCACCUCAAGGACUCCACUCUGGAGCUCUUCGAGUUCGCGGGGAAGGGGACCCUGAAGCAGCUGAAGAUCGACGACUUGAGCGUCAUGCACCUGGACAUCGGGGACAACGUGGAGCGGCUGGAAGUCGUCGACGUGAGCAACUUCACCAUGGUUUGGCCCAAGUUCUACCAGAUGAUCUGCAAGUCCUCGGGGCUGAGGAAGCUGCGACUCUGGGGGAUCAUCUUCGACGACGAGGACGAUGCCGUCGACAUAGAGACCAUUGCCGGCUUCUUCCCCAGCCUGAGGGAGCUGUCGCUGAGCUUCGACCUGAGGGAGGGCCUGCUCCAGGAGGGGCUCCAGGGGGCCACACAGCUGGGGAGCUUGGCGGUGCUGGAGCUGGGGUGGAACGUCAUCACGGACCAGUUCGGGCAGUGGGUGGCGGGGAUGCUGGGGAGGUGCCCCGAGCUCAAGAAGCUGGUCGUUCAUGGCGUCGUCUCAGAGGCCAAGACCCACGAAGAGUGCCAGACCCUCGCCGAUUUCACCUCCUUCAUGGUCUCCCUCAUGAGGAAAUACAUGCACAUCGACGUGAGGUUUGAGUACGAAUAG